AUGCGUUCUUCUAGAAAAUCUAGCUUCCUAGCUGCAUUGACAGCUUCCCUGGCACAACAUGGGGAAGCUGCAGCUGCGUCAGGUGUUAGCUUAAGCUGGUAUGCGCCAAAUGAAACGGCUAUCAACAAUUUGACGCAAGUCAUUGGAGGGUCUGGUGUGUAUGGAUAUAUUUAUAAUAGCUCGGAGACUCCUGCGGCCGACUAUGGGCUUUACAACUGGUGUAAUAUGCCGCAUGUGCGUGCAACAGAGUACAAGAAGCCAUCUUCUGAGUAUAAGCUUCAGUAUGUGGAAGUGAUCCAUCGUCAUCACAAACGAACCGUCUACGCCUCAAACGCAUUUCCAAUCGAAUCAUACGGAUGGAACUGUGACGACGCAGGACUAUUCUUCUACGGCCAACCAAAAGUAGGAAAGAAGUCUGCGCAUGCAUACUGGCAAGGAUACAUCUCUCCCCAGAACCCUUUCACGCCUCCAGGGUUCUUGGGAAGCUGCCAAUUUCCUCAAAUCACGGCGGAAGGGAUGGACGAUUCGUGGCAGCAUGGUAAAGACCUGUAUGGUGUAUACCAUGAUCUCUUGGGUUUUCUUCCAGACAAGUUGGAUGAGAAAAUGACUUUCAGGGUCUCUCAAAAUGUGAUUACAAGUCAAGUGGCAGGCAUGCUCGUAAAUGGCAUGUUUGGCAAAGAGCAAGAUGUACCAUUGCUCGUUCAGCCUAACGGAUAUGACUCUCUGGCACCCAGUUACACCUGUCCAUCGGGCUCCUUCUCCCCCAUCACCUCCGGUCCAGCCUGGACGAACCACCUAACCGCUGCCUCUGCCCUCUAUUCCACACUCGACAACAUAUCCGGCGUCCCAGCUUCCGACAGCGGCUGGCACACAAGUUUCGACCACUACUACGACAAUCUUUCUGCCCGACAAUGCCACUCCAAACCAUUUCCCUGCAAACUCGUUAACGGAGUCAACUCAACAACCUGCGUUGACCAAGCCAUUGCAGACUCGGUAUAUCGUCUAGGACAUUAUGAAUACUCAUACAUGUACCGCGACGACCCUCGAAGUCUUGCUGCUGCUGUAGCCAGUUACGGUGUUUGGAUCGGAGAACUGACGACUCAUCUACGGGAUAUCAUGGAUGACAACGAAAACGUGAUUUAUAGGCACAACGUCGCGCACGACGGCUCAAUGUCUCGCCUCCUAUCUAUUCUGCAGAUAGACCAGAUGGUUUGGCCUGGCAUGGGCGCUGAAGUGGUCUUUGAACUGUAUAAGAAAGAAGAUAUGGUGGCUACACCUACGACUUUAAUCACAACAACACCUACGAUCCUCGCACAGGGAUGUAACCGCGAUAACUGUCUACGCCAAUUCAUCCAAGAAUCCGCAGCCGCGUCUCAGUUCUGUCCGACUUACACCGCGACUUCCGCCUCCUCAAUCCCAAGCUUUGCGAGCAAUUGCGGUGGCUCGCCAGCAAGAGUAUCAAGCGCGUGUUCUUGCCUUACCCCCCCAACUUCAACAUCCACGCCGUCCUCCUCCUUCUCCACUGCACCACCAACCCCUACAAGCCCAAGUGCCCACUACGUACGCGUCCUCUGGAAAGGCCAAGCCCUCCGAAGUUCGAACCCUAGUCUAGGACUUAUGGAUAUGUUACCGAUCGAGACUUUGCUCGCGUAUUUUGAUGGGCUAGUUGGUGUGGGUGGGAGUCUUGUUAAGGGGAAGUGUGGUGUUUAG